AUGCAAGAACAAAAAAUAUCAACAGCUAAACGAUGUUGUCAGUGUUCCGCAGGAAUAACUGAGUCUGUGUCGAUAAUUAACAAUACUUCUUAUUCAUAUCCAGAAACUGAAAAACCUAAGACGCGAUUAUCAGAUUAUCGUGUACAAGAUCUCAAAACUGAAUGUAAAAAGCGGCAAUUACCUGUCUCAGGUGCUAAACCACAAUUACUUGAGCGGCUGAAACCGUAUGAGGACGCGAUUUUAGCCUCCACAAAUAUCAUAGAAACUCAACAGCAAUUUUCUGAUGUAACUUCAUUGUCUUCACCGAUUUCGGAUUCGAAUGUGAAUUCGAAUUCUAAUAAUCGUCUACCUCCGAUCAGCAACGUGAUCAGCGAUUAUUUGCAGCAAACUGUUUCUCAACCUUCAUCGUCAACCUCCGAUCACCUGCAGCAACAAGUAUUCUUCCAAUUUCAGCCAAAUCAUUCCCAACAGCAACGUCAGCGACAACAAAUAUUACAAGUUUGCCUUUCCUUGAUUCAGGAAUUCUGGUGUUUUAUUUUUCAAAAUUUUAAAAACGAAAUUUUUUCUUGUUUUUAG